UGUGUCUACUGUGCAGCCAAGCCUGUCUGUUUAAGAGCUAAAUUUUUUUGCGAUGGAUUUGAUUUUGACGGGUCGUAAAAUAGUGCUCUCAGAUCGAAUAAUAUCAGGCUAUAUCAAGGUGAAAGACGGCAAGAUCUGCCAGAUUGAAGAGACAAUUCCUGAUGUAGCGCAAAUCAGAGAUGAGAACAGUUGCAAGAUCAUUGAUGCAGAGGAGCUGGUGAUAAUGCCGGGAGUUGUCGACAGUCAUGUACACAUAAAUCAGCCAGGGCGCACACAGUGGGAGGGGUUUGAGACCGCCACUCAAGCGGCAGCUUCAGGUGGUAUCACCACUCUAGUCGAUAUGCCAUUGAACUCUAUUCCUCCUACAACAACAGUGCAAGGUCUAAAAGCAAAAAUGCAGAGUGCGCAAGGAAAGUGUUGGGUGGAUUUAGCAUUCUGGGGUGGUGUGAUCCCUGGUAAUCAGGAUGAGCUCCAGGAUAUGAUACGGAUGGGAGUGAGAGGAUUCAAGUGUUUUCUUAUUCACAGCGGAGUCGAGGAGUUUCCUCAUGUCUCUGAGGCUGGAGUCUGUACUGCUCUCGAGAAAAUGCGAGGGUUUGGGUCCGUUUUACUGUUCCAUGCUGAGGUUGAUGAGGGCAUACCUGUCUCUAAAGAUGAUAAACAAAAGUAUGACACUUUUUUAAAGACGAGACCUGAAAGCAUGGAAAACAAAGCAAUUGAGAUGGUCAUCCAUUUGUGUGACCAUUACAGGGUGCCAUGUCACAUAGUACAUCUAUCCUCUGGUAGUGCUCUAGACUCUAUUCGAUCAGCAAGAUCGUCAGGUAUUCCUCUCACAGUAGAGACAACACAUCAUUACCUGUCGUUGACUGCUGAAGAAGUUCCUGAUGGUGCUACGCAGUACAAGUGCUGUCCACCAAUCAGAGAUAGGAGCAACCAGGAAGUCUUGUGGAAUGCUGUAAAAUUCCGUGAUAUUGACUUGGUUGUGUCUGACCACUCUCCAUGUACUCCCGACCUGAAACUCCUUGACCAAGGGGACUUUAUUGGUGCUUGGGGUGGCAUUUCUUCUCUCCAAUAUGGUCUAUCGCUAUUUUGGAGUGGCGCACGUUGCCGUGGCCUGGGUUUACACGAUGUGGUGAGAGUGUUGUGCGAGCAGCCGUCCAAACUGUGCAGCCUGCAGCAUCGCAAGGGCAUGAUUUCCGUGGGCAAGGAUGCAGAUUUUGUCAUCUGGGACCCAAAUGAAGAAUUUAUGGUUAAAUCAAGUGACAUCCGUCAUCGAAACAAGGUUACGCCAUACGCCGGUAAAAAAUUGUUUGGACGAGUCCACCAGACAAUAUUACGUGGACAAGUGGUAUUCAGCGGGAACACAGUGCACGAGGAGCCGCUUGGGGAUUUCCUACUAGAUGGAACACAACCUCGCUAAUUUCUAGUAGAAAGCCUCAGUUAUACUAUAUAUCUUUUCCCGUAUGUCAUCAUAGGAAUUAUGGGGUCAGUACGCAGCUCUUACAAGCUGCAAUUUGAUUAGGCAAAUGAACAAUAUCCGCACCUUGACACAAAGAACGAGAAGAAUAGAGACAAAAGAACUCCUUUGUAGAACAAAGAUAAUAGGAGACAAAGCAGCUGCGUACUUACUCGAAUUAUGUCAGUUGUCGCAGAGGUCUGGUGACGUCCAAUCAUGAACCGUAUUGAACGUCAAUGCCAAUUAGACUAAUUCUUGAAAGCGGAAAGAAGACCAAACUACACGCUAGGAUUCAAAGGGGGGGGGGGGGGGUAGCUAAAAAAAGGAAGACGUGAAUAAGUAUUUGUGCAUUUUUAAUCAAAUAAACCAGUUUUAUAACAGCA